AUGGUCCACGAUACGCCCGAUCCCUCCAAUAGCGAACCUUUUAAAUGGUGGACUGUUAUUGCAAGCGGAUCUCCGAUACUUGUCGCGAGGGCCAAUGGCUACGUCGUAUCAUAUGUGGUGGAUCAGCUGUUGCAGUUGGUAUAUAAUGUUCGCGGGACGGUUCGAGCGGAAAAGCCAUGGCUGGAACUGUACUCCAAAAAGAACUACGAAUGGUUUGUGAACGUCAUGGAUACUGCUAGACUGUAUAUCAUCGCAACCCUAGACAUGGAGGUAGAAUACGAGCGCCUUUCAGCGUGCGUACCACUUAUGAACUGGGCCCAGGUUAUGGCGAUCCUGCAGAACCUGCGGCCAAGUAACGCCCUCAUCCCUACAGCACCCACCGAGGAACCUAAGGAUUAA